AUGGCGUCUACUCCUUCUAUAAGUCACCAAGUUGUGUUCCGACCGCUAAUACAAGAACUAUUGAAAAGGGGACACGAGUGUGUCGUUGUAACUACAGAUCCUGUGUAUCGCAAGGGUGAAACGCCGAAGAAUCUGACCGAAAUAGACGUCCACGAUAUAUCGUAUUACAGCUUGGUAGACAUUAUACAGAACAUGAACGGCGAUAAGCAAAACUCAUUACCUUUAAUGAUUAUGAUACUCCAUCGUAUGUCAAUCAUUUCUGAGAAACAAGUGCAACUACCAGAGGUACAAGCAGUAUUGAAUUCUGGAAAGUUCGAUUUGGUGAUUGGUGAAGCAUAUAUUCCAUCCCUGCUUGGACUAUCGCAUUAUUUUAAAGCACCUGCCAUUUUGUUGAGUACGUUUGGUGGUCUGCCAACUCAAUAUAAUGUGCUUGGUGCUCCAACACAGCCGUUGCUAUUCCCAUACUUUAUACAGACAAAAUUAUACAAUUUGUCGUUCUUCGAGAAGAUUAUCGAAACCUUCAAUUAUAUGCGCUACGUGUGGCACUCGUAUUGUUUGGAACGGACCGAUUACCAGUUAAUGCGACGAAAUUUUGGGAAUGAUGUGCCAAGUUUUAGAGAAUUGUACAUGAACAAUAUGUAUCUGCUAUUAUUGAAUGAGCAUCCUAUGUGGGCUCACAAUAGACCUGUCCCACCGAACAUAAAGUAUGUAGGUGGGAUAUAUACACCCCAGGAGAAACCAUUACCACAGGCUGAUUACACGAGCAGAGUUAAUCAAAGAAAAUUAAUAGAAACGAAAGAGACAAAGAAUUAG